AGUGAUGGAAAAAACAAAAAAUCGAAACUAAUAAAACAUUAAUUCUUUAAAAAAAAAAAAAAAAAAACAUAUAGAAAAAACACCCAGUAAUAAUGCCUAAUUCAUGUACUUCCUCUAAAUUUCUCAUCAAAAAUUACGUUCCUGAAACAAAGCGGCUCUUAUUUUGAAGGUGAACAUCGGAGGUGUUCGGUUUCACUCGGGUUUGUUUUCGGCGCCGCUUCGUGCCAGCUGAGAGCACAUUGAUUCAGACUUGUUUGAUCCAGCAGGAGGGCGAGACGCUCAGCUGAAACUCAGACAUGUUGGGAAGGAGGUCUUUGUUCGUGGCUCUGCUGGCUGUAGCCGUUGGACUUUACCUGCUGCCAUCUCCAAUAGACCCCAAACCACAUGUACUGAAAGGGCCUCCUCCGGCCCUCGAGGGCCCGCUGGCCCUAAACACUCGUCUGCAGAAAGGUCGGAGGCUGUUCUCUGGGAAACUACACGGACCAGAAUCCUUCACUGCUGAUGAGGACGGUAACGUUUACACAGGAACGGUGGACGGGAAGCUGUGGAGGAUCGGACCUGACGACAGCCUCACCCUCAUCACACACAUGGGACAGAAUCUACCAGAAUGUGGAAGUAGCACAGACUAUGAGCCGGUGUGCGGUCGUCCUCACGGAGUUCGUCUGGAUCGUCACGGUCAGCUGAUCGUUGCCGAUUCUUACUUGGGGCUGCACAGCGUCGACCCCAGAACCGGAGAAAAGACGCUGCUGGUGGCUAAUGCAGAAGGCGCUGAUGGCGUUCCCUUUGCUUUUCUAAACGGCCUGGAGAUUUGCCCUGAAACCGGGAUCAUCUACUUCACCGACUCCUCCAGCCGAUGGGGACGGAGACACGUCAAACUGGAGGUGAUCGAGCUGAACCGCCUCGGCCGUCUCCUCUCCUACGAUCCCCGGACAGGGAGUGUGAAGGUUCUGCUGGAUUCUCUCUACAUGCCCAACGGUAUCGUUCUGUCGCCCGAUCAAAGCUUCCUGCUGCUGGCCGAGACCAGCAUCGGACGCGUACUGAGAUUUUGGCUAAAGGGUCCGAAGGCUGGCACCAAAGAGAUCAUCCUGGACAACAUGAUCGGUUACCCCGACAACAUCCGCCUCAGUGACCACGGAACGUUCCUGGUCGGCAUAACAACGCCUCGCUUCUGGAAGUUCCUGCCUCCCUUCCUGGAUAUGAUUGCUCCGUACCCAGCGGUCAAACGCUUCUUGGCCAAGGUGAUUCCUCUGAGCGCGUACAACCUCCUGCUGCCUCGUUACGCUCUGGUUCUGGAGCUCGGUUUGGAGGGCGACAUCGUGGCGACGCUUCACGACCCGGAAGGCCGACUGACGUGGGCCAUCAGCGACGUCUUCCAGCACCGAGGCAGAACCUACCUGGGCAGCACCGACCUGCCAUUUCUGCCCGUCCUGGAGAGCUGAUCCUGGACCACGGCCGAGGGAACACUGAAGACUCAACAUAGGAUAGAACACUUUUUUAAAUUUUAGAUUUUUUUUUUGACAUCUGGAGGCUGCGUACAUCAUUUUGUGGUUUCUGGAGACAGUUUGUGUCCCAUCAACCUCUUUUGGAAGCAGAAAAUAGUGAUAAAAAGUGACUUUUUAGAGCAAAAAACAUGAAAAUAAUGAGCUAAAACUGUAUUAUAUUCAAAACAUACAAUGCAGUUUAAUCAUAGAAAGCAGGACAUGGAUCUGCUUUUACGUAAGAACAAAAAGUGUCACUUUUUCCUGGAAGUGAGCUUCAAUUAAAUAAAAACUUAAGAUGAACUGGUGAUAAAAUAACUCCAUCUAACUGGCUUCACAAGCUGCUUCUGCACUGGAUGCUUGCAGACAAGCUGCAGAAGAAGAAACUGGAAUAAAAGUUAAAAUCUUCAAUCAUCCUGUGACUUAUAUAUCUAAUAAUAGUUUAGUUUCAAAGCUACCGCUGAGAUUCUGGCCUUUAUUGUGAAAAUCUACUAACUUUCUUCCUGUAAAAUUUAAUACUAACACUGGAAAUUUUAACUGUAAACUAUAUAAAUGCACACUUAAUAUCAUGUUUGAAGGUGAGACUUGAAAAUAAAUAUUUUCUAUUAUAAA